CUCUGCGGCUCGCAGCGAGGGGGCUCCUGCCUCCGCGUUUGUUGCUGUUGCUCGCCGGUGAGCCCUUCAAGUGCACCCCCAACAGGCAAAACUUUCUAUUCACAGUCACCCGCGCUCUCUCGCUCUCCCUCACUCAUACACACUGACGUCUUUUGCGCAUUUCCUGCAUGAGGGAGACAGACACAGCGAGCGAGGUGGGGUAGGGCUUCUCAGCCCAGCGCCAGACACAAGCGUAGCCAGCGGCACCACACCGGCCAGAACGCGCGGCUGGAGAGCCAGCGCCACCGCGCUCGUGCUUGGCGUCGGCGUCUCAAGUAUAUUUAUUUUAUUUCAUUAGUAUUAUGAUUAUUUUUAAAAACAUAAAUUAAGCCACAUAAAUCACCAACUCCCCGCCGUGAGCAGUCCUAUCCGGAGCAGUUUCUCCCCAUGCCUUGGAUUCGAUCCGCUGGAUCCUUGGCCUUGGAGGAGGAGGAGGAGGCGGCGGCGGAGGCGGAGGCGGCGGCGAGGAAGCGCCUGAAGCCGAGGCGGAUGUAAGGCUCCCUGGGCUGGACUGUGUGAUUUUUUCCUUCUUCUGCCAUCGGGAGGCUGGGAAGUAACCAGGGCUGCUUGUGUGGUUCGGUGGCGUUUCUGGGUUCGUUUUAUUAGUAUUGAUUUUUUUUAAAAAACUCCCCCUCCUCCCUCCUCUGUUGCUGCCGCCGCCGCUGCACAGACAAGACAGCACUAGCGUGUGCAAGAGCUUCGGAUUGCUUGUGUGUGCGUGUGUGCAGAAAACUAAUCCAGGAUUAUGAUCUAAAAGGGGGGGAGGGGGAGGGGGAGGAGGAGGGGGUAACUAAGGCUGUUUCUAUAUAUCCAGAGGAUCUUCUGAUUUUGCUCCGAUUGCAUUUUGGAUUUCUGCAAGCGGGGACUUACCCCCCUCCCCUCCUCUGCCUUCCUUGUUUUUCCGUUAGAAAACACACAGGGAAAGAAAAGAAAGAAAGAUCUUUGCAAGCCUGCCUACAUGUGUGUGUUUAUAUUCCCUGGGUGUCGGGAGAGGAAGGGCUAAAUAGCUAUAGGUAGCAAAAGGGGAGGAACCCCCCCAUUCUUAAGCCUGCACCUCCUCCCCCCUCCCACCACACUGCACUCAAACCUGCCUUCUUAUUUAUUGGAGAAACCUCCUCGGAUCCCUCAGCACUCCAGAGUGUGUGCACUCAAUCCCAGGGAAAAGUGAAGCCCUCUAACCAUGGUGGUUUUCAAUGGCAUGCUGAAAAUCAAAAUCUGUGAAGCGGUGAAUCUGAAGCCCACAGCCUGGUCCCUGAGGCAUGCAGUGGGUCCCAAGCCACAGACGUUUCUGCUGGACCCCUACAUUGCCCUCAACGUGGACGAUUCCAGGAUCGGGCAGACCUCGACCAAGCAGAAAACCAACAGUCCGUCCUGGAACGAUGAAUUUGUCACUGACGUUUGCAAUGGCAAGAAGAUUGAGAUGGCUGUUUUCCACGAUGCCCCCAUUGGGUACGACGAUUUUGUGGCUAACUGCACUAUCCAGUUUGAGGACUUGCUGCAAAAUGGGAGCCGCCACUUCGAAGACUGGAUUGAUUUGGAGCCAGAAGGAAGAGUGUAUGUAAUCAUAGAUCUUUCAGGCUCAUCAGGUGAAGCACCCAAAGACAAUGAAGAACGAGUGUUUAGGGAGCGGAUGCGGCCCAGGAAGCGCCAGGGGGCAGUGCGACGUAGGGUCCACCAGGUUAAUGGGCACAAGUUUAUGGCCACCUACCUUAGACAACCAACUUACUGUUCACAUUGCCGAGACUUUAUAUGGGGAGUAAUAGGAAAGCAAGGGUACCAAUGUCAAGUUUGCACUUGCGUAGUCCACAAACGAUGCCAUGAGCUUAUAAUAACGAAAUGUGCUGGACUGAAGAAGCAGGAAGCCCAUGAUGAGUAUACAGGUUAUUUCUGCCAUCAGCUGAAUAUUGGAGAAGGGUCGUGGCUCAGUGGUAGGGCAUCUGGUCUGCAUGCAGAAGGUCCCAGGUUCAACUUCUGGCAUCUCCAGGUGGGCUCCCAGCGCUUCAGUGUCAACAUGCCUCACAAGUUCAGCAUUCACAAUUACAAAGUGCCCACCUUCUGUGACCACUGUGGUUCGUUGCUCUGGGGUCUUCUGAGACAAGGUUUACAAUGCAAAGUUUGCAAGAUGAAUGUACAUAGACGCUGUGAAACCAAUGUGGCACCCAACUGUGGAGUGGAUGCUAGAGGGAUAGCUAAAGUACUUGCCGACCUAGGCGUCACUCCAGAUAAGAUCACUAAUAGUGGACAAAGGAGGAAGAAGCUUGUCCCAGGUGCAGAAUCUCAACCGCCAGUUCCUGGAUCCUCACCAGAAGAUGACAGAUCAAAGUCAGCACCAACUUCCCCAUGUGAUCAAGAAAUUAAAGAGCUUGAAAAUAAUAUUAGGAAAGCUUUGUCAUUUGACAAUCGAGGCGAAGAGCACAGGGGAGCAGCAACAACCUCAGCUGACAACCAGCUUAACACGCCUGGAGAGAACGGUGAAAAUGGAGAGGUCAAAGCACAGACGAAGCGCAUGGGCCUCGAAGAGUUCAACUUCAUUAAAGUAUUAGGGAAAGGCAGCUUUGGAAAGGUCAUGCUAGCUGAGCUAAAAGGUAAAGAUGAAGUAUAUGCUGUGAAAGUCUUAAAGAAAGAUGUCAUCCUACAAGAUGACGAUGUGGACUGUACAAUGACAGAAAAACGGAUUCUGGCAUUAGCACGGAAGCAUCCUUACUUAACACAGCUCUACUGCUGCUUCCAGACCAAGGACCGCCUAUUUUUCGUCAUGGAAUAUGUCAAUGGAGGAGACCUAAUGUUUCAGAUUCAGCGCUCGCGCAAAUUUGACGAGCCUCGCUCCCGCUUCUAUGCAGCAGAAGUCACAUCAGCACUCAUGUUUCUCCAUCAACAUGGCGUCAUCUACAGGGACCUGAAACUGGACAAUAUUCUUCUGGAUGCAGAAGGUCACUGCAAAUUGGCUGACUUUGGAAUGUGCAAGGAAGGAAUCUUGAAUGGAGUAACGACCACUACCUUUUGUGGAACGCCAGACUACAUAGCUCCAGAGAUUCUGCAGGAAUUGGAAUAUGGUCCCUCAGUAGACUGGUGGGCACUGGGGGUCCUCAUGUAUGAAAUGAUGGCUGGGCAGCCCCCCUUUGAAGCCGACAAUGAAGACGACCUCUUUGAAUCCAUCCUGCACGAUGAUGUGCUGUAUCCAGUGUGGCUUAGCAAAGAAGCUGUUAGCAUUCUGAAAGCUUUCAUGACAAAAAAUCCAAAUAAGCGGCUUGGCUGUGUGGCAUCUCAGAAUGGCGAAGACGCUAUUAAACAACAUCCGUUCUUUAAGGAAAUUGACUGGGUUCUUCUAGAACAAAGGAAAAUCAAGCCACCCUUCAAACCUCGGAUUAAAACCAAAAGGGAUGUAAAUAACUUUGAUCAAGACUUUACACGAGAAGACCCAGUGUUAACUGCAGUGGACGAGGCAAUUAUAAAGCAAAUCAACCAAGAAGAAUUUAAAGGCUUCUCAUAUUUUGGGGAACAGCUGCAGCCAUAAGACCCCACCCACAAUUGGGACCACCAGAUCACUGACACUGGAAGAGGUGGUUCUCAGAACACCCUCCAGCCACCCAAUCGAGAGCUACUUCUCCCAACCAUGAGCCCAUAACCCUUAUUUUAUACUAUGCCUAUCUAUUUAUUGUUAUUUUUCUUUCACCUUUGAGCUGGAGGCACUCAUACUUUCUGACUCACAAAGCAAUGCAAAAUAUUUUGUAUCAGAAAUUGUUAAGGUAACACAGUGCUGUUGUUUCUUGAUGCUGCUUUUCCCCUCCACCCUACCCUAGUUUAGUAUCUUUCUUUUAUUCCCUAGAAGGAUGUGACUAGUUCACUCAGUCAUUUUUGAGGUUAAAAAAAAAAAUCACUAAAAGGGUGUUUUUUUCCUACUCACUUUUCACAUGGAACAGUGUGGUCUUGGGAACGUCCCUCUUUAUGGGGUCAAUCAGUGAUGGGAAAUCUUUUUCAGCCCGAGAGCCACAUUCCUUUCUGGGCAGCCUUCCAAGGUCUACAUGCUAGUGGGUGGCAGGGCCAGAGGGAAAAGUGGGUGGAGCAACAAAUUUUACCUUUGGACAGGAGGCUAGUUCUCACACUCACACUCACGUACACAAACAAACAAAAGCAAGAGGCAUUAUCAGAGUUCAAGAACAUAUUCCGGCCAGGUACAAACACUAGGGAUACAAACCAGAGCCACUGAGGGAUGUAACUAGGGGAGAGAGGUGUGACCUGGAGAGAGUUCUGAGAGCCAGACAGAGAAGCUUUGAGGGCUGCAUUUGGACCCCAGGCCUCAGAUUCCCAAGCCCUGGGUUAGAAAGACUUUUCCAAGACAUGGCAAAUAAUCAUCCCCAUCACAUAGUGGCACAUACACAAGUUAUUUGUACUAAAUGAACACUAGCAAUGUGAACCUAUAAAUCAGCUAGAAGAUUUAUGCCAGCAUUGCUUUCUGACAGCCUUGUAGGGGCAUUGUGACAGCCAAUAGCGUUAGGGUCCUAAUGAGCCAUUCAUCUUUCAAGAAUGUUUUUUUUCUUUUUAAUGAAAAGCAUCCUCAGGAGGCUGCAGUUGUGAAAUGAUUGUGGCUGAGGAUUCCAUGAUGCUGGAUUUCAGUCCAUGCUUAGGCUUAAAAGUCGGGGUGGAUUCUAAGUUCAAGGUAAAGCAAGUUCUUUCUCAUUAAAAUUCUGCUGUGUUGCAUUUCUAGGCAGAUAGAACCAUAAAACAGCAACUGUGACUCCCAUGUUGGGUGGUUAGCUGAGAACUACUGGCUUGAGCUCAGUGCAAAGGAGUCUGAAGAGAUUGUUUCCUUAUUGUUAAUUCUGAUGGUAACAGAGGCCAACAGUGCAAUAGUGAUGAAUUCAUAUUGUGUUGCUGCAGAACUUCCAUAGAUAUACUAGUAUUCUUCUAAGGUGAAACUUCUGUGCAUAGUUACUUGGACGUAAACUGUUGAACACUGUGGGAUUUAUAUCCAAUUAAGCAUGCACAGGAUUGUGUGAAAAAGGCUGUUAUGGAAGUGGGUGGAAUGCAUUCCUGGAUAGGAAAUUCUUCCAGAAAUCUGUCCCUGGCAACUUUUUAGCCCAGAAAUGUAUGCAACUGAGAGGCAGCAAUCUUCCUUCAUCUCCUUCACUCUGCUGGAUUUACCCAUGAUAAGAGCUGAAGUUUUUUGGCAUGCCCUAUCACCAAACCACCCUGUGACUCUUAAGUGAAUAUGGCAAAAAAUAUUUACCAAAAAUACUUAAAUAUUGAAAUAGAUACCAAAAAUUGCACUUCUGUGCAGGCUAAUUGUUGAGUGUUAGAAAAUAGCCUGACUAAUGGAUUUAUAACUAAUUAAAAUAGAUAAGGCUGCCAAUGAAAAUCUUAAAUAGUCUAUCUGGAAAAUUACUUUUUUCUAAGAUACAUAAUGAUUUUUUUUAAAAAAGUUUUAUUAAAAUCAUAUAACAUACAAACACAGAUGCUUUAUAGACAGGUAUUAAAGGGCUAAAGAGUGGGCAAAUUCUCCAAAAGCCUAUAUAAUAGCUUUAAUAGAGCAAUAUAGGCUUUCUACAAAUUUUACAGCUUCUUCGGCAUGUACGUGGUAAUCCUUCCACAGAAAAACCGUUUUAGAAACUGGUACCCAAAACAUGCAUGACAUUGAUGCAAUGGCAGAAGGGUAUUUUAAGAAAAAUCAUUUUUAAAACAUUUCAUUGUAUCAAAUCUGGCUAUAUGUCUCACUUUAAUUAAUUUAUUUUUAACAGCAGUGUGUUACUUUUACAGGCUUUUACAAAAAAUAAAAUUGGGCGUGAUUCUUUGUGCAUAGCCUUUUUCCUCCCUGUCUCUCCACUACUGGCCUUUAGCCAGGAGUAGCACACUGCAAUGCAUCAGCUGUGACCUGCUAAGCCCAUGCAUAUCUCCCAUAUAUAGAUUCAGCAGCUUUUAUCCUCCUCAGGGUUAUCUGCAUAAAUUACUAAAGCUGCCUGUGCAAAUGACCCUGGGAAAAAGAGGACUACUUGGAUCUAACGUGGCAGAUACAUAUGAGCAUCUAAUAGCAGGCAGGUAGGGGCUGAGGGUCAAACUAGCCAAAUAUCUUUGCAUUUAAAUGCACUCUUUUUUAAAAACAAAAUGCAUAUAGCAGCUGCAUGGAUAUUUACCUCCCAAUGCAAACAGCAGCUUCAGAGGAGCUAUUUUUAUUAGGACACCAGUAGGGGGAGAAGAAUUAAACUCUUCCUCCCUGCUUGCUGCAAUCCCAAUAACUAAAAACCCCUCCAGCAGUUGCUAUUUUUAUUUAUUAAACCAUGCACGUUGCAUUGCAAAGACACAUUUAACACUUCUCGUUUGGCCAUGAGGCAUUGUGGGGCACAUGAUCCUGGCUAAGGAACAGGAAGGAGGGGCAGUUAAGGAUAGCAUGAUACUGUACUACUGUACUAUGGGUCCAGCUGGGUCAUGACCAAUAGUACUACUCUUCUUUGGUUGUGUUUUUUGAUACUUAGAAAAAUCUGGUAUGAAAACUGUGCUAUAUAGGAAAAAUACAAAGCCAAGCAAAGCCAUUCAUUAUGUGAAAAAUGUAUUGAGAGACUGAAGAUCAAGAUUCAAAAACUGACAUUGUUGAGAGUUGUAAGUGGGCUUUCUUGUGUAGUCAUAAAAAAGGUAACUCAUGUGGACAGUGCAUUAACAAAUGUGAAGUUACCACCUGUAGAUAUGCUGACAGUGUUAUGUACUUAUAUUUCUGGGAGUACCCUUUUGUGUGUGUGUGUGCGUGCACGUGCACGCAUGCGUGUGUGUGUGUGUAUACGUGUACUGUUGAUGUGUGUGUGACACACCCAAAUGGUGAAUGAGCAGUUAAGGGAAUCCAUUUUACUUGUUGCACUUGGAUUUUCCAUUUGCACAAUUUAUAUAUACUUGUGACUGGCAGAGUGGCACUCAAGAAGCUUUUUUCUUUUUCUUUAGUUUUUCUCCUUUUUUGCCUUUUGUACAGAUGAAGAUUUUGUAUAUAGGUGCAAGGCCUGUGGAAUUCAAUGAAUAUUGAGGUAUCAACUGCUGCAUGUUCAGGCAUAUUAUUAAAAAAAUAGCCUAUGAAAGAAUAAUUAUGAUAAUGUCCAUGUGCAAUACUCUGUAUGUGUAUUGGUUCAAGUUACUGUCAAAAUUUCCCCUUAUUUGUUUGUUUUCUAUUAUAAAAAAAGAAAGAUGUAGACCUAUAUUAAGCUGUAAUAAAUCUCCUGUAUAGUUCUCUUAAACUCUAUAUGAAAUGAUAAAGAUGGGAGGGAGAAAAGGACGGGCCAUUAUUGACAGAAGCACAGGUUAGCCACAGGCCACCUUCUCAGGCUAUCUCUGUGGCUUGGAUGCUGCUGCAGUGAGGUUCCUUCUCUCGCAUGAGAAGCUCUGGACAAUGUGAGAAAAGCCCCAGGCCUGUGGACAGGGGUGGUGUUGGCACCUGGCAUCCUUGAGCUGAAAGGGCCCCAGCCCCGGCUUGGUACAUUGCUGAAACCUGUUGUGGUCCCUACAUUUUUUUUAAAAAAAUACGGCUCUGUGCUUUGAGUAGCGCUGGAUAGCUGAGUGUAGCCGCCAUAUUCAUUUCCCACGAUGCACCUGACACAGUUUUCAAUCUAGGGCAUUGUGGGAAAUUAAAAUAGCUACAACAGUCAGUCACCCUGUCACUUGUAGUCCUCUUCAAAGCACUGACGCCUGCCACUACUGCAUAAACUCGAGGAGCCCAUCAACAGAGGAGGAAGCUUAUGAGAGGGCCAGUGCACACCCCAAGUUUGGGCGGGACAGCUGGCCUGAAGAGCAGUCUCAGGAUGGGCUUCUCCCCCAUAUGGCCUAGAACGCCUUAUGCUGUCGAAGCUUCCCCACAAUAGUACUUAUUCUCCACAUGUAGCUUGAGAAGUUGGUUGAGGGUCUCCUCUCAGACGGAUUAAAUUAAUGUCAGUUUUGUAUCUGGCUGUUGUAGCAACUUUCAGUUAUUAUGACAUUCAAUUCCAUUAUGUUGUGGUUUGGUUUUUUUUUUUAAAAAAAGCUC